UGGCCCACGCGCAGCGCGCGCAGCGCAUGACACGCGACGAGAAGACGCCAUCUUGAUUCUCGGCCGCGCAGCAUCUAGGUGCGACUGCCGCUUCUCGUGAGCCCAACCAAGGACCGGGAGAGUUGAGCAUCUUCCCUCGUUAUUCAUCCCCUGAAGCAGGCCUAGGCCUGCCUAGUGAAUGCGAGGUCUAACAGUGUGGUGGUCGAGCAUCGGCGCCACCCACGGACGAACGAGGUACCGUCUGUCUGAGCAGUGACACACCACCAGCCUGCGGUUGGCGGCGCCCGCCGCAGAAAACAAGGACAAGAAAGCUUCGCCCUUUGGUAUCGGUAAUGGACGAGAGCUGUCCACAGUCCUCUACACAUUGGGACGAAGUACUCACACUGUCGUCUUCGUCGGAGUCAAUACGGCGACGUGAGCCACGGCAUGUGUUCCCUGGCCACUCAUCGCGGAAAGCCAGAGGUUCGGCUGCGAAGUCGUCACAGAGACGACCGUCCCAUUCACCGAAACCAGAGACGGAAGAUAUCGCGUCUAGGAGCUCUGCAGAAGCUCCGGGGUACGUUAGCACUGACGAGUCUACCCUGACGCCCCUUACCGUCGCGGAACGUUCUCCCUGGGUCAAGUCCUCAGCGCCUAGGAAAGUGCACGGCACGCUCCAGAAAGCUAACGCGACGCCAGCGACGCAUGGUGAAGAGCGCUCAGAUGUCCUCGAGAAAGGCAACGUCGCGCGAAGCGGAUCGACAGCGAUGACGUGCGGCCGCGGACGCCGUAUCUACGCUGAAGAACGAGAGACAUCGAAGCGUUCCGUUUUCUCCAGACCAGGCCGCCGACACCACCUGGCGAGAGGCCGCAGGACAACGAGCGACAGUUUCGCAGGACGUCAGGCAUCGAUACCGAGCAGCUUCGAGGACAUAGAGGGGCAACGCAUAUUUGACGCGGACGCUGCGUAUCCCAAGUCGUCGCUGUUUGGAAGACUAUCGACCGGCAUCGGCUCGAUCGCCAGAAGGCUUUUCCGAAGCGGUCCACCGGAAGCACUGCCGACGACUGUAGUUCGCGGAAAAGGCAAGAGAACGGAACUUGGAUGGUUGACGUCUCGUUCAGGAGAAGCGCGUACUCUCCGGCCGGAGUCAGAAGGUGCCCCUUUUGGGGAAGAAGGAAGAGCCCAGGGUUUUCGCUUGAAGCGCACCCGCCAUAGCCGCCGCAAUGACGUAUACGACACCAUCCAAGGGUCGGAACAAGAUCUGCAGCCGUUGUACCACGCUACCCGUUCGUCUCAUCGCCACAACCGGAGAAGCCCUAUUCGCAGAGCAACCGAAACGGUUGUAGGAGGAGACGGAGUUCCUUUGAGCGCUGCAUGUAUCGCCGCGUCGGAUAAAGCAAGACGCGUGGCCCCGGAGACGUCCGGAGUGCGCAGACCGGUUCCAGAGGGUCAAGGUGACAUCCAGCUACAAGACCACAGAGGUACUUGCGCGAUGCCAAAGACACGUACUACUCGCUUUGAUCCUAUGGUGAUGAUUGCUGCGGGCGAGAAUCUCCGCAUGAAGCGAAAAGAAGAGAGCACAAGAUCGCACAGAAGGAGACAUCGCUCGAAGGAGCGCGACGAAAGAACCAGGUCCAAGUCCCCCGGCAGUCGAGGGCGUGGCGAGAGCAACGGCGAAGGCGAACAGCGACGCAAGAGGAAAUCACGGUCGCGCAAGCGACACAGAGAUGGCAGCAGGAGUCGUAAGGAAAAGUCCGAGACAAACGUCGCAGGAUCAACGUACGAACUCAGCGGCUCGCCGUCUCGAUCCUUCGACUUCUCCAUCAGCCCGGUGCCCGUGACACGUGGCACCCUACCUCGACCCGAGCUUACGCGAUCCAGCGAAGUCCAGCUUGGAUCGAGCACGUGGCUUGUGGAUGGACACUCUUCCGACAGCCCUCAAGCGGUCGCUCUGGACAUGAAGUCGUCAUUGCGGAAGCCCUUUGCGCCUUCGAGGAAGGACGAGAAACGGGAAGUCAACGUCAUUUCCGCGUCAUCACAACUUUCUAAUAAAAAGUCUAAGCGCUCGUCUAAAAGAUCCUCCAAGAAAAAGAAGACAUCGAGGGCAGAGAAGGAAGCAGAAAAAGAAGAGCCAAAUCAGUUGCCGGCAGACGGCGCAGUCUCGCCACCCAGCGGGCAAGAAAGGGGCGCAACGAGCCCACAACAAAUGUCAGAACCGAGGUCGAAGCACAAGUCAAAGUCCAAGUCCAAGUCGAAGCGGAAGUCGAGGGAGGAUAAAGGAAGUGAAGCGGGCAAGGAUGGCGAGAAGACUCCUAACGAUAAAGAGAAGCGCAGAAAGUCCAAGCGGAAGUCCAAGCGUACGUCUAGAGAAGAUAAAAAAAGCAAAGCUGAUUUGAGUCCAGGUGAGGAGAGUCCGAAGGUCGCAGAGAGUCGCAGAGGCCCCGGUCAUCGCACUCAUAAGGGCCGAGAAGGGGCAACGAGUCCUGGAAGCCCACCAAGCGGUGAAAUUAGCCCAGCCGAGUCGCGUAGUCCUUCAAGGCCUACGAGUACUGCAGGUCCCGCAGGUGACGUCAGCCCAGCAAGCCCUUCUGGCAGGAUCAGCCCUGCCGGCCUUAAGAGCCCGUCGAGUGAGACUCCGACAAGUCAGGAAAGCUCAGUUAGCCCAGAAUCCUCUAGGAAGAAGUCCCGACACCACAGGCAUGGCAAGAAGCACAGACGCAAAAAGCACAAGCAAAGGGGCUCUCCAAGACACAAAAGUCGUUCCAGGGCGUCCAAAAGAAGCCGUUCCAAACAUCGACGUUCCAAAAGUAGCAGGUCGAAGAAAGGAAAGGAUAGAAGUCCGAGGAGUGGGGAAAUUUCGAGCGUUACACCUGAAAGCAGUGUAUCUGGCGGCUCGAAGCGUCAAGAAAGAAGCGGGUCACGUAGGAGCCGGUCCCGAAGCCGAAGUAGAAGCGAUCGUAGUGGCAGGUCUAGCCACGGGUCGAAAAGAAAAUCACGGUCGCGCAAGCGACACAGAGAUGGCAGCAGGAGUCGUAAGGAGAAGUCCGAGACGAACGUCGCAGAAUCAACGUACGAACUCAGCGGCUCUCCGUCUCGAUUCUUCGACUUCUCCGUCAGCCCGGUGCCCGUGACGCGUGGCACCAUGCCUCGGCCCGAGAUAAGUAGAGAAGACAAGAAAUCAAAGAGCAGGAGCAGAUCCAGAAGUGGAGGCAGCCGCAGAUCCAGCAGCAAGCGGAGCCGGGAGUCGGAAAGCAUCAGCAGGAGUUCGCCGCAUCGAACGACAUCGGAUAUAAGGAAACACAAAGGAAAGAAAAGGCACCAUCGACGCAGACACAGGAAAGGCCGCGGCAGAUCGUCCCACCGGAAGUCUCGUUUACACAUGACCUCUGGAGCAGGGAGAGGCCGGAAAAAGCGCGGAGACACCGUUACGGAGAGUUACGCGGCCCAGUCUGCACCGCCCUACCUCUGUCUGCUGCUGUCGGGCCUGGGCGUCGUGCUGGCCAUGGUAGCGUGCGGGAUCAUGAUAUAUUACGUAUUCACCUGCAGGAAACAACUGAUGGCUACUACCCAUUCGGUUUUCAGCGGUGCUACCCAACCCGAGUAUCCCGACCCGGAGCACGAACCGAUCGCGCCAGAAGUCGUCCCAGGCACGGCAGAAGCUAUGCAGGUCUAUUACUGCACGACAGACCACUGCAAGCGGGAGGCACGGUACAUCCGGAGACUUCUUAGCCAACAAGAGCGGCCGUGUGAGAACUUCUACAAGCACGUUUGCAACGUUUGGAUGAGCGAGCAUCCGGCGCACGCUUUAAGCACCGGCUCGGUGGUCUCGCGAGACACGCUGCUCCAGGAUAACAUAGCGCGCCGGCUUGUCGCCGUUGUCGGCAGCGCGAGACAGCGAGACAUCCAAGUAGCGGCGAACCUUUACAAGGCCUGUGUCAACAGAGGUCGCAGCGUCGCUACAUCCAAGGAGGCGAUCGGCGCGCUGUUCUCGCGGUGGAAGAUAGAGAAGUGGCCUAGAAGCACCGCGGUUGAGGACGUAAUGGCGGUGUGGACCUUCGCUGCUGAGCUGAACCGAGACUUGAAUCUGGCAACACUCGUACGUGCCGGCGUCGGUACCGACCCGGACAAUGUGGACGUCACGGCUAUUGAGUUAUCCCAACCUCGCUGCCUCUACGCUCGUGUCGGCAAGGACAAUAAAGAAGCCGAGGAUGUUCUGGUCGCAGCUGUGGGCGAAGCUGCCACUGAAAUCGGCGACUCGGGUGUGGCUGCCGACGCCCUUGGGGGCCAAAUGUGGUCGGCGUGCACUCUCAUCGCAGCCGCGUGCCGCAGUGGUUUCGGGGACGACAGCGUCACCGUCGUCAAGUUCGGACAGCUGGAACAUUUGGGGUUACAGACGUUCCUGACCGUCCUGCUGGACGACGGCAUCGGCGGCGCCGACAUCGUGGUCCUCCACUCGGUCCGUAGUUUCCUGCGAGAACUGCAGGGAGCCCUGCACGCGAUACCGCCUCUGGACACGCUAAACUAUCUGGGUUUCCUCGCAAUCGUCCACGUGGCGCCGUUCCUCCCCGACGAGCUGCGAGGCCUACGAUACCUGUUCACCGAGGUCCGCUUUGGCCGCACGGUCGGCGACGCCAAGGACGACACCCCCUUGCUGUGCGCUCGGCUCGUCGAACGGGCUCUGCCGGGCUGCUUCGCGAAGGCGGCGCAAAUGUGGCGCCUGUCAAAUGGCCAGGAGAUGUCGACGCGAGAGUGGCUGACUCAGUUGGAAUCGGUUUUCCUGAGGCACGUCGCCGACUUCCCCUGGAUGAGCCAGCUGUCGUCGCUGUUGAUACGCUACCGCGUCAAGCGACGCGCCCUGACGCAGUUCGGCCAGUCUCUAGGCAAGCGGCGAGACGACGCUUGCGCGCCCCUCGACGACCAGAUGGGCCCCGGCGACCCUCUGCUGUUCUUCGCCAACGUCUCUCGGCGUCGGCAAGCCCAGAAGUUCCGGGAUCUGCGCGGCCACAGCGCGCUGCUCAGGCGCCGCGCCGCCGGUUCGGAGUUCUCCACCGAGGCUUCGUUCCGCCGCUCGCUGCGGGUGGUCCACGUGCCGGCGGCGCUGUUCAACGCGUCCGUGGAGAGCAACAGCUCGUUCUUCGUGUUCCAGCUCGCGCGCGUGGCGGUCCGGUUCAACCGGGCUCUGGUGCAGCUGCUGCACGAGGACCCGUACGAACGGGACGUGCCGGUGAGCUUCACCGACGACUCUCGGGCCAAGCUGGACGCUCUGCUGGACUGCUUCGACGGGGACGCCCAGUCGAGCCUCGGCGCCUCCUCCUCCACUUCGCCGGAGGCCCUCUCGCAGGUGCGCCGGGCUUUCCUCGACGGCACGUCCGCGCUGCUGCUGGCGAUGAAGGCGUUCGAGGAGCUCCCUCCCGUCAAGCAAAUCUGGAAGCUCGACCUGCGACUUGCCGGCCUCGAGAACUCGUCCGCGAGGCAGUUGUUCUUCAUCUACUUCGCGCUGGACAACUGCGAGUCGACGGCCCCCGCUUUCCACACGUCGUCGAUGUCCGCGGAAGACAGGGUCAACGUCCCGCUCAAGCACAUCGAGCAGUUCGCCGAGGCCUUCCACUGCGAGGCCCAGGAUCCCAUGGUGUCGGCUAGCGACGGCUCGUGCUCCGUGAUGCGUGGCGCCCGCCACGAGCAACCGACGCAGCGCCGGGAGUAUCGAGAGCCCGACGGCUCGUCUCCUUCCGGGGUUUAGCGGGGCCACGCGUAAACAUUACGAAACCGCGGAAUCUAUGCAUGCUUGCUUAUACUAGAAACAAACAUUAUUUCGUUUUUGUACGCUUUGGCGAUAACGUUACACUGCGAUACUGUGCAUCGAUCAACGCGAACGCGCAUCUGCUUGCUGUUGUGGAUACCUUAAUUAUGUCGCGCAUGUGGUGGUUAGUGAUCGCCCCACGACCAACGGUCGUUUAUGUGAAUCGCCGGCCACGUGUUUCGGAACCUGUUGGUUCAUAAUAUGAACAUCAAAGUGCAUAUUAAGCAGUUUGGUGUGGUACAUCUGUACCGUACCUCAUUUGUUAAGACGAAGAAGAAACUUUAGUAAAGAAUAGUCCGGCAGUUCUUGAA